CCCUGACUGGCGGCGGAGAAGGUAGCAGCAUGGAGAACUGUACGCCCGUUUUCGACAAGCCUAAGGUAGAACUUCACGUCCACUUGGAUGGAUCUAUUAAACCAGAAACUAUUUUAUACUUUGGCAAGAAAAGGGGAAUACAGCUCCCAGAAGAUACAUUAGAAGGCCUCCUACAACAUGUUAUUCUCAAAGAGCCAUCCAGUCUCACAGAGUUCCUAGCAAAGUUUUCUCUCUACAUGCCAGUAAUCGCGGGGGACCGUGAGGCUGUGGAAAGAAUUGCUUAUGAGUUCGUGGAAAUGAAAGCCAAGGAGAAUAUAAUCUAUGUUGAGGCCAGGUACUGUCCUCACUUGCUUGCCAACUGUGGAGUGCAUCCUAUCCCCUGGAACCAAGAAAAGGGAGACCUCACUCCGGAUGAAGUGGUUAGACUUGUUAAUCGAGGGUUAAAAGCUGGAGAGAAGGCUUUCAACAUCAAAGCCAGGUCUAUUCUAUGCUGCAUGCGCCACAUGCCAAGCUGGUCACCAGAAGUAGUGGAGCUGUGUAAGAAGUAUCAGAAUAAUUCAGUGGUUGGUGUAGACCUAGCUGGGGAUGAGUCACUUACUGCUGAGACCUGUCCAGACCAUCAGAAGGCUUAUGAGGAAGCAGAAAGAUGUGGCAUUCACCGGACUGUUCAUGCUGGUGAGGUUGGGAAAGUGCAGGUCAUCAAGGAGGCAGUUGGCAUCCUAAAGGCAGAGCGAAUUGGCCAUGGCUACCAUGUCUUUGAAGAUGAGCAUUUCUAUAAACAGCUGUUGAAAGAAAAUAUGCAUUUUGAGCUCUGCCCAUGGUCUAGUCACCUCACUGGUGCAUGUAAAUCAGACUUCUGUACGCAUCCAGCAGUAAGGUUUAUGAAAGAUCGUGCAAAUUUUUCCUUGAACACAGAUGAUCCACUCAUUUUCAACUCCACAGUUCACACUGACUACAAAAUAGCUCGAGACUGCAUGGGCUUCACUGAGGAGGAAUUCAAGAGACUGAAUAUAAAUGCAGCCAAGUCCAGCUUCUUGCCAGAGAAAGAGAAGAAGGAGCUUCUCCACAAGCUGUAUGAAGCAUAUGACAUGGUAAAAAGCACGGAGUUCUAAUCCCACUUGUGCCUGCCAGCCCGCCAGCCACGACCUCUUUUCCUGACAACUUUAUGCUCAUCAGAGACAUCUGUUUUGCUUCUGGGGGUGCGUGGGGGAACGCACAAACUUAGUAUUAUUAUUAUCUUGUUUACUAUUACGGUCCACAGGGUGGGGGGCAUGCGCAAUAUAUACAAAACAGUGUUCCUAUGAUGUUUGCAUUGUAUCUGCCUACACCACCCCAAUCCUCUAGAUAGGGUGGGUGCUAUGAGUUUGCAGGCUCGCUUUGUAGGCUGGAGAUAAUCUUUUCAGAGAACUGAAGGAUUGGAAGAGAGAUUGCUGCGUGUGGUAGUUCUAUUCAUCUCACAUUCCACUGUGAUAACACAGGUUUUGCAGGCUAUUGAAUAUUUCAAAAAAUGUAUUUGGUCAAAAGUGACAGUGGAACUAAAGAAAUCUGUGUGUGUUUGUAUGUAAGUGUGUGUAUAUAUAUAUACACACAUGUACACGCACAAUGGAAAACAAAACCUCAAAGUUAUAUUCUCUGUCUUAGAAAUGAUAGAGAUUUCUUUGUAAUUGGUCUGUGUUCUGUUUGCCCCUACAUGUGAAAGAGUGAGAAAUAAAACCACAAACUUCUAUCACCACUGACAUGGUUUUUUUAGAGGUUUGUCAUCUUUUGGAGGAAAAUCUCCUAUAAAAAUGAACACGUCACUUCAUUACUUCAUCUUU